AUGGCGUCAGGGCACUCCGCUGUCGCGCAAACCCUGCACCCUCCAAACCCCGAAGCUCCAAACCCCAAAGCUCCUGACACUCCUCCGCUCGAUUUUCAGGGUGUGACUGCGGCGAUCGCGGCGCUGGCGGGCGCCGUGCACGCGCUGCCCGCGGAGGACGAUUUCCACUUCUACUGCAACUUCGCCGCCUUCCGCGCGCGCGUCUCCGCGCUCCGCCAGCGCGUGCGCGCCCUGCUCUCCCGCCUCGGCCCGCCUGCGCCACCCGCCGCGUUGGAUUCCGCCGCAGGUGACCACGAUGACGAUGAUGCUGACGUGGACGACGCUUAUGAUUGGCUAGUCGAGGUGCUGGAUAACCGGCUGGAGAAGGUCGACGUGGCACUUGACGAGAUGCGGAAAAGGCGGAAGAAGGCGCAACCGGAUUGGCAGGGGCUGGAGGAGGAGGAGGCGGAACAGCGGCGGGAAGCGCUUUUGCGCGAAGCGGGGGCGUUCGGCUCCGGUCUCGCGGACGCCGUCUUUUCCGCGCCCAAGGCGGGCGGAAAACCGCAAGCAGGCGGAAGCAUGCCGGCGGCGGAAAUUGCCACGUCAGCUAGCAGCUGGCGGCGGAGCCUGCGCGGGAAGAACCGGCCGCAGGACGCGUUCGAGCCGCCUGUUGACAACUCCGACGUGCCGCUCUCGUUGCCGCGCCUCGAGUUCAUUGAGGCGAUCCGGCGCGAGGCGGAAGCGGAAAGCGCAGGGAAGGAGAGCGCGGAAGAGGAGGGGAGCGGGAGCGGGCGGGCAGCGGGGGAGUUGGAAGAAGGGGAGGAGGUGGCGGAAGGAGAGGGGGGGGAAGAGGGUGCGGAGGCGGAGAAGGUGCGCGGAAGGGGGGAGGGAAGAGGCAGGGGCCCUCCGCGGCUGAAGUGGAGAGCGCUGAAGGAGCGCCAUCCGUUGUGGCACCGGCUUCGCCACAUCACCUACCAGCCCUGGCAGCUCUGCCCUCCGAACCUGCCUUCCCGAGCCACCACAACCGAACCAACCCCAGGCUCGGCACCACCACCACCCACGGAACCACACCACCUACUGCCCCCCCCACCUCCCUUAGAAGACACACCCUUGGCGUACGUAGAAACGCGCGAGCAGCUAGCGGCCAUGGCGGAGGAGAUUAAAGCCGAGAGGGAGGUGGCGGUGGACCUCGAGAAUCACAACUACCGCUCGUUCCAGGGCUUCCUGUGCGUGCUGCAGCUGUCCACACGGCGCAAGGACUAUGUGGUGGACGCGAUUGCAUUGCGCGGGGAGAUCGGGCCCAUAUUGGGGCCCAUGUUCGCUGAUCCUCGCAUUGUCAAGGUGAUGCACGGAGCAGACAGCGAUGUACGCCACUGCGGUGUGGCGGCCAACAAGAGCCUUCAGAUGGCGGACUGGCGCGUGCGGCCGCUGCCUGCUGUUCCUUCAUUCCCCUUCCCCCCCAACCGCUCCCCCUUCCAGGUGAUGCAUGGAGCAGACAGCGACGUGGUGUGGCUGCAGAGGGACUUUGGCAUCUUCAUCGCCAAUCUCUUCGACACGGGACAGGCCGCACGGGUUUUGAGUUUAGAGAGGUUCUCCCUGGCGCACCUGCUGCAGCGCCACUGUGGUGUCACGGCCAACAAGAGCCUUCAGAUGGCGGACUGGCGCGUGCGGCCGCUGCCUGCUGAUAUGCUCAAGUAUGCACGGGAGGACACGCAUUACCUGCUCUUCCUGCACGACUGCCUGCGCCUCCAGCUCGCUGCUUCUGCUGGUGGUGCUGGUGCUGGUGCUUCUGCUGCUGGUGCUGGUGGUGCUGGAGGGAAGGUUAGUGGUGGGGCUGUGGUGGAGGGCGGUGAGGGGAAGGAGGAGGGAGAGGAGGAGGAGGAGGAGGAGGAGGAGGAAGGGGAGGUGCAUGAUGAGGAGGAGGAAGAGGAAGGAGAGGAGGAGGGGGAGGAGGGAGAGGGAGGGAAGCAGCAGGGGUAUGGCGAGCCGUGCCCUGCUAUCCUAGAGGCAAGUGCCCUGACAGCUCUUCUCGCCCCUCGCCCCUUGCCCCCCCUCGCCCCUUGCCCCCACUCGCCCCUUGCUCCCCCUCGCCCCUUGCCCCCACUCGCCCCUUGCUCCCCCUCGCCCCUUGCCCCCACUCGCCCCUUGCUCCCCUCUCCCCUUGCUCCCCCCUCGCUCCCCAUUGCCGUCCUUCGUCCUUUGGCCCCUCGCCCCCUACAGGUGUUGAAGCGCAGUGGGGACGUGUGUCUGCUGCUCUACUCCAAGCCACAGCGCGCCACACAGGCCCUGACAGCUUUCUCACCAUACUCUCCCCACUCGCCCCCCCAUUCCCCCUCCUUCUCCCCUCGCCCCUUCCCUUUUUGUCCCCUGCAGGUGCUCACUCGCAGUCGGGACGUGUGUCUGCUGCUCUACUCCAAGCCACAGCGCGCCUUCCACUCCUUCCUGCGCAACAAUAGGCUGAGCACAGAGGGAUUCAGCGAGGAGCAAAUGGCCGUUCUCUCUGCGCUGUACACGUGGCGCGAUCAGACAGGCAGGGACUGCGAUGAAGGGCUGGGAUACGUCAUGCCCAACCACCUGCUGCUCAAAGUCGCACGCGACAUGCCCACCUCGGAACGUGCUCUCCGAACCUGCCUCCGAGGUUCGGCGCCCCUUGUGGCUCGGAACGCUGCCACCAUCACCCGAAUGAUCAGCCAGAUGAAAGAUUCUGCUGACCUGGCAACGUCCACUCUAGAGUCGCCAGCUGUCGUCGCGGCACGGCAUGCUGCCACGUCAGCCAAAGACCCAUUUGCUCCCGGCACUCCUGCUGCUGCAGCUGCCGCUGCUGCGGUUGCUGCUGCUGCUGCCCGCGCUGCUGCUGCUGCUGCUGCUGGUGUGGCUGUCCCUUCCUCAACUGCCAUAACUGCAUCUACAUCGGCUGUAGCACCGGCUGUAGCAGUAGCUGUAGCAAAGGUGAAGGUGAAGAAGGCAGCAGCCAAGUCUGGGUUUGGGGCUCUUCUGGGGCAAAAGCGACCUGCUAAAGCUGGAGGAGCAGCUGUAGCAGGGACGGCAGGAGCAGUAGUAAAGCCCUUAGCAAAGGUACAGAAGACGGAUGGAGUUGCUGCGAGAGAUGAUCUGGCAGCACGAGUCCGGGCGGCAAUGGGGAUUGUGCCGCAGCAGCCAAUGGGAUCGAAGGAAACUUCUUCACGGGCAGCCGAAAGGUUUGGAACUGCGGAAGAUAAGGGGGCAGCGGCAACUGAAGCAAGGGAAGAGGGUGGAGAAGGGGGGAAUGGGGGAGAAACAGAGGAAGAGGGGGCGAAAGCAGGGGGAGCAGGGGGGGUUGGGGGAGCUGGGACGGUAGGGGGAGCAAGGGGCGGGCAGCAGAAGCGGCAGCGACCGGCCAAGUCUCCGGCUCAUGUGGCUGCUGCAGUGGCAGCGGCAGCAGCAGCAGCGCGGGCAGCAAGGAAAGCUGGAAGCCAGGCAGAGGGCGAAGGGGGUGGAAACGGUGUGGGAACGAGUGGUGGAGUUGAGGCAGGGGGGGAUCUGCCGGCUCCUCUGAGUGCUGCCUUUGAUGCGGAGGAGGGCAGGCGGGCACAGAGGAAGAAGAGACGCAUGCUCAAAGCUGCCGCUGCUGCCGCCGCCGCUGCUGCUGCUGCUGGUGCUGCUGCUGGCACUAGUGAUGCUGCUGCUGCUGGCACUGGGGCAAGCGAUGGUGACGGUGCUGGUGAUGGUGCUGGCGAUCAUGAUGAGGAUGGUGUGGCGAAGGGGAAAAGGAAGCUCCCUGGUCGGCAGAAGGAGGAUCAGGAAGAAUUCGCACGGCUUGAGAUUUAUGAUUUCUCGGCGGAGAAGGAGGAGUUUGGGCUGGAUGCGCAGCAUGUGGCGGCCAGUGAGGCCAUGGCUCUGGGUCCUUCGGCAGACAAGAAGAAGUGGAACAAGCGCGGGGCUCCCAAGUUCUCUGUGCCGCUGCCUGCGGCUGCUGCUGCCGCCGCUGCUGAUGCUGCUGCUAAUGCUGGAAGGCAGGGUGGUGGGGGUGAGGGAGGGUCGGGGGGUAAGAAUGCUGUGUUUGAUCCGUUGCAACCGAUUGCGGCAGGAGCGGCCAAGAGGGGCUUGGCUUAUGAUGCGCCGAGGGGUGGUAAGAGGGCGCAAGUGUUUCCUACUUCUGGAAACAGGAGUGCCACGUUUAUGGAUUAA